AUGUUACUGAGUGCAGCAAUUACGAUCUUGUCGUUUUCUGUCGCUGUGGUUUCAGUUUCGGGUGUGGUGAACUCUGAAACUCAGGCUGAAGCUGUGAAUGAUUUGUUGCAAAGACUCAUUCCAGAUCAUGUUCACAAUUUUGUCAUAUCAGUAAAAAAUACAAAGAGUUAUGAUUCGUUUCAGAUUUCAAGUUCUGGUGGCAAGAUUUACAUCGAGGGUACAACAGGAGUAGCUGCUGCUUGGGGUGUGCAACAUUAUUUGAAGUAUUGGUGUAAUGCUGAUGUCUCGUGGUCAGGAGAUCAACUCAACCUCACUGAUCCAUUGCCAACAGUAGAAGGCAUUGUAAAAGUAUCAAGUCCUUAUCGAUAUCGUUAUUAUCAGAACGUCUGUACAUCAAGCUACUCGUUUGUUUGGUGGGAUUGGACACGGUGGCAACGUGAGAUUGACUGGAUGGCUCUGAAUGGAAUAAACUUGCCAUUGGCAUUUACAGGCCAGGAAGAGAUAUGGAGACGAGUGUUUUCUCACUUUAAUUUUACAUCUGCUGAUUUGGCUUCUUUCUUCUCGGGCCCUGCAUUUCUUGCUUGGUAUCGUAUGGGCAAUAUUCAAGGCUGGGGAGGUCCGCUGCCGGAAGAAUGGAUGUUUACACAAUUACAUCUGCAACAUCUAAUACGUACUCGCAUGAGGUCGUUUGGCAUGGUGCUCGUUCUUCCUGGUUUUGCCGAUCACGUGCCUUCCUCUAUUACUCGGUUGUAUCCCAAUGCAUCUGUGCAUCAGACGAUGACAAAGGGUCGUACAUGGGGUCAUUUCUCUCAUCCCUACUGCUGCACAUAUCUUCUUGAUCCCGCUGACAGUCUGUUUUGAGAGAUUACUCAUGUUUAUAUGUCAGAGUUGAUACAAGAGUUUGGUACGGAUCACUUUUACAGUGUCGAUCUAUUCAAUGAACUCAGUCCAAAGUCUAAUGAUACCGAGUACUUACACGAUCUCAGUGCUGGUGUCUUUACUGCUAUGUCUUAUGUAGAUCCUGCAACUGUGUGGGUGAUGCAAGGUUGGCUCUUUCAGAACGACGAGGAAUUCUGGCAACCGCCUCAAACGAAAUCGUUAUUGCUGGGCGUUCCGAUUGGUCGCUUUUUGAUUCUUGACUUGUUUGCGGAAGUUUAUCCUCAAUGGCAGAGAACUGAAUCGUUCUAUGGGCAGCCGUUUAUUUGGUGCAUGCUGCACAAUUUCGGAGGCAACCUGGGAAUGUAUGGCACAGUUGAAAAUGUCACUCGGGGUCCCGUGGAAGCCCUCGAUGAUUCGAAGGCAACUGUUUUUGUUACCGGUUUGACACCCGAGGGUAUCAAGCAAAAUGACGUUGUAUAUGAACUGAUGAACGAGAUGGGUUGGAGGACUCAACCUGUUAAUCUUUCGUCGUGUUGGUUACGCAUGAAGGCGAUAUGGUGGAGACAAUACUUUGGUGUCCAUCGCUUGGUCGUUGCUUUUUCAAAGUAUUUACAACAGCACCAUUUCACGACAGAACCACUGUCAUGCCAUUCCUGUUGUGAGACCCGUACUUGACCUUAACCCUCCUAUAUGGUAUAAUAUUAGCCAUGUGUAUCAAGCAUGGGACUUGAUGGUGAGGGCAGCACCGAAAUUUGCUGGUAUAGGAACAUUCAGUUUUCUCAAGGUACGAUCUUGUGGAUUUGACACGACAAGCACUUCAGGAUUUCUCGAUUCCGAUCUACAAGCAGCUGGUGAACGAAUAUAACAACAAAAGUGCAACCGGUGUAAGAAUUGUGGGCAAUGUGUUGUUGGAGUUGCUGAGAGAUAU